AGGUGCCGUCGGCCUCCAGCCCUGUCCCGUCCGGACCCAGUAUUUCCUCCCCUCGGAAGAAGGAGGUAACCGUCCGGGAAAUCGAGGCACGAGGACGCGGCCAGCUCCCACUGGGAGUUGGGAUCCGAGCCCCUCCCCGCCCCCCCCCCCAUUCAGUGGGGCUGUGCGCGCCAGCCACCCCGGUGCCUCUGGAUGUGACAGCAGUCUGUGAGCCCGCCUUGUCUCCUAACUUUCCCCCAAAGAGGGAAACUGAGUCCCCAACGCUCAACUUCUUUCCUAGAGAUUUCUUUUCGAGAGAAACUUUGGAUUUCUUUUGUACCCAAGGAAGCAGGACACCCGUGGCUUGGAGCGCCAGAUGAAGUCCUCACGGAAAGACAGUUUUAUCUUCUUGAUCUUACAUUUUGGCUCAGUCUGUGUCUUGGAGAUACUGAGUGUUAAAAAGCCUUGUAAACUGUAAAAAGUUCAAUGGAAAAAGUGUUUGAACGAUACCUCCAAAGUACACGGUGUACUUUUGAAAAGCACCAAGCCACUCAACACGCAUGCAUGUUGCUUAGAUAUCUGUUAGAGUCUAAAGCUGGCAAAGAGGCGGUGGUAAUGAAACUCAAGAGUCUGGAGUCCAGUGUGAGCACUGGCCGUAAAUGGUUCAGACUAGGCAACGUGGUCCACGCCAUCCAAGCAACUGAACAGAGCAUCCGAGUCACAGACCUCGUGCCCCGCUUCUGCCUUACGCUAGCCAAUCUGAACCGUGUGGUUUAUUACGUCUGUGACACUGUCCUCUGGGUGAAGAGUGUGGGUCUUACCUCUGGAGUCAACAGAGAGAAAUGGCAAAUGUGGGCGGCCCGCCACUACUACUACUUCCUCCUGCUGAGCCUGGUCCGGGAUCUGUAUGAGAUCUUGCUGCAGAUGGAACGGGUUGCCCGGGACAGGGCCAAGAGGGCGAAAUCAUCCUGGGACCCUCCUGGGCACAGUGUGGUCAACGAAGAAACCGAAUGGCCCCAGUCCUUUCUCCUGCUCCUGUUCCGAUCUCUGAAGCGGCACCCUCCCUUGCUCCUAGACACGGUGAAGAACUUCUGUGACAUCCUCAUCCCUUUGAACCAGCUCGGGAUCUACAAGUCCAACCUUGGCAUCGUAGGACUUGGAGGUCUCGUGUCCUCUGUGGCCGGCCUCAUCACUGUAGUGUAUCCUCAGCUGAAACUGAAGACCCGCUAGUGUUUGGAAUGAGCAUCGGGUUUUGUCACAGGGUCUUACUAGGCUUAAGUUUUUAAUCAUGUGAGUAUCUUAUCAACUUGUGAUGUGAGAAGUGGGACCAAUAAUGGACCAUGCACACUGAUAAUUUUUUUUUUUUUUUUGUUUUUCGAGACAGGGUUUCUCUGUGUAGUUUUGGUGCCUGUCCUAGAUCUCGCUCUGUAGACCAGGCUGGCCUCAAACUCACAGAGAUCCGCCUGGCUCUGCCUCCCCAGUGCUGGGAUUAAAGGUGUGCUCCACCAUUGCCCGGCUGAUACAUUUUUUUAAAUGCUGCAGUGACUUCUGAAUUUCUGAUUAUAUUCCCUUCAGCUAACAUUACUGGGUAUUUUUUUGUUGUUGUUGUUGUUUUCGAGACAGGGUUUCUCUGUGUAGCUUUGCGCCUUUCCUGGAACUCACUUGGUAGCCCAGGCUGGCCUCGAACUCACAGAGAUCCGCCUGGCUCUGCCUCCCGAGUGCUGGGAUUAAAGGCGUGCGCCACCACCGCCCGGCUACUGGGUAUUUUUUUAUAGCCAUAGUAAGAGCUUAGUGUUUGCUGAGGGAUAAAAAUGGAAAGGAAAGAAAUCAUAAAAGACCCAGGGAAACUAGAAUUGUGGAUUGGGUUGUGUGUGGGGGUCCUUGAUUUCAGCCAGUCCAUCCGAGCUGGAGCACAGCGUUCCUGGCUCUGGUUAAGGCCUCUCUUCUCUCCCGUCGGUUCUUAUGCUCCAUCCCCACAAUGGUGGGCUGGAGGGGAGCUGGGCUGAGAGCCUCCUCACGUGUUGGCCCUGGCUGUUGCUGCAGCGGGUCCUUACUGUGUCCAGGGGUUACUCAGAAAGCAUCAGCACAUUACACUCUGUGGUGUAAGUUGUGUCUGGGUGGAAGCCUCUGGUGAUAUCAUGAGUAUGCAAGGGUGAAAGCGGGUGAGAGGUCACUGUGGUGCCUGUCACUCAGUCCACGACAGAUAAGGAAAUUGACACUAACAAAGCUGAGGUCAGGGACAGGCUGAGUCUUUCCAAGAUGACUCCUCUGUACCAUCUCAUGACCUUUGCCUUUUUGCCCCCUAACACUCUCCCACACCAGGCCCGGAACUUUAAUCGAUGGUUCCUGUUCUAGUCUGUGAAGAUCAAAGCAAUCUAGACUUAGCCAGGUUGAUUUUAUUUAAAGCUACGUAACAGUUUGGGCAAUAAUUUGCAUCAAAACAAGAGAAUUAAAGUGUUUCUGUCUAUGAAUGUAAGAAUGUCAGUUUUCUGUGAUAAAUCAGAUUUACUCAGGGCAGUUGGGAGGGAUGGGAAAGAGCAGCAGGAACAGUGAAGAGGACAUGGGGCCACCGAGUCAGUGUCAUUUGCCUGUGCUUGCUCUUCCCAUUUCAGUGUUCCUGUUGGAGCUUGGUGAGUCUGAGGCAUGUGGAGUCGGGGGAGGGGCCAGUCCGCACCUAUAAAGCCAUAUAUAUCAUUUACCUGGAAAUGAGAACUAUGCACUGAUUAACUGCUUCCCAUAAAUGUGAUGGAAAUUCUUGAAAAGGACUCCGGUCCUUGGCACUCUAUUUGUAAAGUGAUAUGUGAUUUGAGAAAACUUUGGGGGAUUCUGAGAGAAACUAAAGUGACUAAAACCAGACAAAUAUGCAUAAAUAACUAUUUGUACGGUAACAUGUCAGUUAUGUCUAAUAAAUGUCUAAACAAAAUCGA